AUGGAACUUGUUCAAAGUGUGGCCUCUACCAUGUCCCUAAUCCAUGGUGACAUUGAUGAUAACGAUGAUGAUGGUCCAAAUCUCAAUGUUUCUCUUCCACAAUAUUGUGCAUAUUUGCUUGGUGAAACUGCUGGUGUUAUGAAUUGGACCCUUUCGGCGAUUAAUCAGCAAUAUACUCAAGGUGAUGCCAUUUCCCAUGCGAGGACACUGUUGAGUGGUAGUCUUGGCAGCCAAGAAAUGUGUACGCAAAUGCUUGAUGGUACCAAACAUUUCAUGGUUUCAGGGAGGCUCAAACAAGUGACCACAUCCAUAUAUCAUAUCCUUGAUAUGUUGCAAGUGCCACGAUUUGGUCCUGAUUUUUCCAGGGCUACUACUGGUGCUUCUUUACUUGGUUCGACUAGAUUCGACGGCGUUAAGAUUUCGCAAAAACCAAACGUCAUUGUUUCACAAGACGGGAAGGGAGAUUUCAAGCUAAUAAUGGACGCGAUUAAGGAAGCACCAAGUCACUCCACAAAUUACUUUGUGAUACUUGUUAAGAGAGGAGUUUACCAUGAAUACGUGAACAUUGAUGAGACAAAAUCGAAUCUGGUCUUGAUGGGAGAGGGCAUGGAUGUUACUACCAUUUCCGGAAGUAAAAGCGCAAGGGGUGGUCAGGAAACAUUUUAUUCAGCCACGUUUGAUUACUAUCUCUCAUAA